AUGUCGGCCGAUCCUGCGACCAUGGACGAUCCUAUGUUCGAGGAUGAGCAGUACGACUCCGCUGAAGAUGAAGACUUUCAGCUCGACGACGCGCAAGACGAAGGCGACAUUACAUCUUCGGAGGACGAGCAACAACCCGCAAGCAAACGCCGAAAAAGGGAUGCGCAAGACGCGGAUCUUGAGGCAGCUGCGCUAGACUCAGGAGACGAAAUUACGAUACAAAAAGCGAAAUCCAAGAAGCAGAAAAAACAACGCGGAAAGAAGUCAAAGGACAGCGGCGCUGCAGAUGAAGAUGACGAGGACGACGUUGAUUUCGACGAUGAGGAAGGCGGCCCAGCAGGUUUCGUUCGGACGCGAGCGAUGAAGAUGCGAAUGUUUGUGGCCUUUCUUUCGGGCAGGAGGAACGGAAACCCCUCGCGAAGAUUGAUGGGCGCCACUAUCGACGUUGACGAACUAUGGGCGAAAAUGAAUGCCCCAGACACCGAUGCCGGACUACUACCAUCCCAGAUCGAGAAGAAGGAUGGUCUUCCCAAAGACGAAGAACAAAAGCCUGACGCGCAAGACAUCGCUCCGUCAUCCGAGAAUAAACCACCGCAGACCAAAUACCCGGAGGAGAUGAUCAGGAUCAAGCGCACCUACAAAUUUGCCGGGGAGAUGAUAACCGAGGAGAAAGUCGUACCUAAAGAGUCAGCCGAGGCCAAAAUCUUCUUAGCUGAGCAGGAUGCCGAAGCUGCGGCAGCUGAGGACACGGAGAACGGUAAGGUGUCGCGGUUUGACCCCAAUCCGACCGGAAGCAUCAAGAAAAGCUGGGAGAAGCAACAAACGACCGACACAGCUGGCCAGGAAGAGAACCUCCGUGGGCCAAAGAUCAACACGGUGGAGAAAUCGCGACUGGAUUGGGCUGCAUAUGUGGACCAAGCCGGAAUCCAGGACGAACUCCGAGUUCACAGCAAGGCCAAGGAAGGCUUUCUUGGUCGGAUGGAUUUCUUGGACCGUGUUGGUGCCAAGAGAGAAGAGGAAAGGAGGAACGCACGACUGAAGGGGCUGUAA